AUGUUCGAGGACAGGUUACCAACAGCGACAAGCAAAACGCAGAAUGCUCUCGAAAAGAAGGUUUUGCAACUCUACCAGGAUCUGGAGCCUGUCGAUGCCGAUGAAUUGCACGACUUCCUCGAGCUGCAUCGCGACAGCCACAUCGCCUACAUCCAGAGUGGCCUGGGUCAGCUGGGGUCAGGAUUUGCAGUCCUGGACGCCAGUCGCACCUGGAUAGUAUUCUGGUUACUGCAUUCGCUAGCAUUGCUUGAUGCCCCGCUGCCUCGGGACGUGACGGUGGACGACAUAAUCGCCUUCCUGAGCACCUGCCAGCACCCCGGGGGUGGCUUUGGGGGAGGACCUAUGCAGCUGGCGCACCUAGCCCCCACGUAUGCCGCCGUCGCGGCUACCGUCACUCUUGGCGGGAAAGCGCUGGGCCUGGUGGACCGCGCAAAACUCCGGGACUUUCUCUUCCGCAUGUGCAUCCCGCCAGAGCAGGGCGGCGGAUUCAGCGUGCACGAAGGCGGAGAGGGCGACCUCCGCGCCUGCUACACCGCCAUGGCCGUGACCCACAUGGUGGCGCUGGAGGAGGGCGACAAGCAGGAGCUGCUGGCCAGGUCCGGAAUGGUGGAGUACAUCAGGGCUUGUCAGACGUAUGAGGGCGGUCUGGGCGGCGAGCCCGGCAAUGAGGCGCACGGUGGCUAUUCCUUCUGCGGCGUGGCGGCCCUGAUGUUGGCGGGGGGCCCCUCCCUGGUGUCGUCCACACUGGACGUGCCCCGGCUGCUGCACUGGCUGGGCUCCAUAGAGGGCGGCUUCAACGGCCGGACUAACAAACUGGUGGACGGCUGCUACAGCUUCUGGCAGGGCGGCAUAUUUCCACUGCUGGCGCAGCUGCCGCUGUCGGCGCUGCGACCUCCGCCGGUGCCGGCUGCCCAGGCGCCGCGGGAGGUGUUGCAGACGCCCCCCGCUCCCAUGAUGACCGCCUCGCCGCCCUUUGAGUUGGCUUUUUCCUCUCCACAAGACUUCGGCUGUAACCAGCUCUUGCAGCAUGCCGAGGGGGAGAUGCAUGCACGCAUGCACGCCUACGAGGCGCUGCGGGGCAGGGCGCUGGCUGCGAGUGACGAGGCGGACGGAGCGCUUCGCGGCGCGGCAGCACGGCACUCCGCGGGCAAGGCAGCCGCCGCGAGGGAGCUCCUGGACCAAGCGGCAGCUGCACACGAGGCGGCGGAGCUAGCCACCACCAAGCUGGCUUGCAUCAACGUGGCUGCCUUCAACAUCUGUCCGCCACCCGACCCGGAGGUACUCGCCAUCCAGGAGCGGGAGCACCUACGGAGCAUGGAGCUACGACAACAGGCUCAGCAGCAACAAGCUCAGCAGGAGGGCCAGGCAGGGCAGGCGCAGGCGGAAGCACCGCAGGGCCAGCAGGGGCAACAGCCGCCAGGCGAGGCGGCGGCCGGGGCGGCGGCAGCACCACCACAGCAGCCGCCCCCGCAGCCGGUUCUGCCGCCGCCUUUGUGCAAUUACGAGGCGCUUCAGCUGUGGAUCCUUAAGUGCUGUCAGGCCACCAAGGGCGGCCUCCGCGACAAGCCCGGCAAGCCCGUGGACUACUACCACACGUGCUACUGCCUCAGCGGCCUGUCCGCGGCGCAACACGCCCCGGGGUCGCACCUCAUGGGCCACCGGGAGACCAACCUGCUGCGCCGAGCUGACCCCGCCGUGAAUGUGGUAGAGGAUAAGUUGGCGGCUGCGCGGACCUACUACACGGCACGGCCGUUGCCGGCGCUCGCGACACCCAUGCCGCUGGGGUAG